GCAGUAGUCGCAAUCGUACGACAGUGAGUCAUGUUUUCUUUUCGCGAAUCCGCACCGUACGGGGAAAACGUCGUGCACUUCCGGUGGCCCCUGUUGUACCACUCGACGAUAAUCGUCUUUUCCCGUUAAUUUUUUUUUUUUAUCGUCUCGUUUCGUCCGUAUCUACCUUAUAAGUUGUAGUACGUUUUUUACGAUUCUCCAGAAUAUUGAAUAUCAAUUUAAUCGUUAUAAUACUCGUUGUCGUUCGUUCGUACUAUUUCGCGCAUAUUGAAUAUUUCAUCGCAUCCGUAAACGUGUGUACGCGCCAAAAAUGUAAACAGAUUUUCCUUGUGGACGAACCGAAAUCGUGUCAAAUAUUCCCCCUGAUUAAGGGACCGCGUAAGACCAUCCUAUCGUUGAGCUGUGCGCGCUUAAAAUGAUGUUCGGCCGACUGUCGUCGAUGGGCAGAUGACUUGUACAGCUUGUAUCAGUUUUCUUUUCGUGUGGCGUGGCUGAACACUAAAGAAAUGGCCUAGGCCCUGAUUGCGAGCCAGAGCUAAAAAUGGAACGCACCGCUUUCCCGUUGCUGUGGUUAUGUUUGGUUUCGACCUGGAUCAGUUCUUCAGUGUCGUAUCCAAUUGGAGAUUUAAAUUCUAGUACAGCAUUAUGGAGCAGUUCUAAUACGUGGCUAGAAGCAACUGUAGUUGCAGUCAUUUUUACUAUAUGUAUAGUUGUAUUCCUUGUUGGCUGCUUGGACUGUUGUCGAAAUAGUAGAUUCAGUUUUAAGGAGUCAACAAGAUCACAGGAAUUUCAAAAUGAAGUAAUAUCCACAAGAGAUUACAGUUCUCCAGGAUUGGCAUUUGUCAACCCUAUUAGCAAUCUUCAUAGUAAUGAGUUGUCAAGAUCAGAUUCUACUGUCAUAAAUAUUGAACAACUUUCACCAUCAAUUAAAUAUCAGUCCUUAUUUAAAGAAUGGAUAAAUGAUUCACUUUCAAAUUUUCCAAGAUCCCGGUUGCAAUUUCAUCAUGAACUUGGUUCUGGAUGGUUUGGAAGGGUUGUAAGUGGUGAAGUGGUUGGCUUGAACCAAGGUGAAAAUAAUAAAGUAGUAGUCCGUAUCUUAAGAGAUGACGCUACUGAUUCCGAAAGACUAAAAUUUUUACAAGAAGCUGCUCCGCAUAAAAUUAAAGUAAAAAAUGGGAAUCACUUAGUUUUAGGACUUGUAGCUGCUUGUAUCAAAAUGGAUCCACUAUUAUUAAUAUUUGAGUCUAGUCCAUGUGGUGAUUUGAAAAUGUGGCUCCGCAAAAAUGCAGACACCAAUGAAUAUGAAACCCAAUUAGAACGUAAACUCAAAAUGUCUGUACAAGUAGUCAAUGGGCUUUUGCAAUAUUUAAAAAGUGGAGCUGUUCAUACAGAUGUAGCGGCAAGAAACUUUUUAGUAUUUCCUGACAAUGUAGUGAAAAUUGGUGAUUAUGGUAUUAGCACCCAAACAUAUAAGGAAGAUUAUUAUUUUACUGAAGAAGGAGUAGCUAUUCCUAUUAGAUGGAGUUCACCUGAAACCUUAAAUGUAUCUGAAUCUGUCAUUGAGACUAAAAAGGUUACUGUGGAAGGAAAUGUUUGGAGUGCUGCAGUUGUUAUAUGGGAAAUAAUGGAAAAUGGUGCUCAACCUUAUGGUUCUCUUAGUGAUUUAGCUGUUCUAUCUGCGGUAUUUAUUGAACGUACACCACUUUUACUUCCACCAUCAUCUAAACAUCACAAACUCUCUCAACAAAUAUAUCAAGUGAUGUUGAAAUGUUGGAAUUCUGAUCAAUCAAAAAGACCAACAUUCCCAGAAAUUAUAUCAUCUCUGGAAGAAACCUAUAGCAUGUUGAAAGCUAAUUUUGAUCCCAUUUCCUCAAAUUCAAGUCCUAUGUUUUCUAAAGAUUUUGUUAAAAGUGAUAGUGACUCGGGAAUAACUAGCUCUGUCAAUAGACCAAAAUCAUGUGAAGUUCAAAUAUAUGCAGAUGAUAUGAGUGAUAUGAGUUCUCAACCAUCUGCAUCUAGUGGAGUUGAUGUAUUUAAUCAAUCUAAAAAAUCACCGUCCUUAGAAAUAUUGCAUGGAUCAUUGGAAGAUCUAACAACAUCAAAUGAUCCUUGGAUAAGAACUGAUGAUAGUAUUUUAUUUAUGGAAGGUAUAAAUAAUGCUAUUAGAGAGCUAGAUGAAGCUUUAGCUGGUGAACCUACAUCAUCUGAUGCUGAAUGCUCACCACCAAUUGUUAACUUUAGACUAGGUCCAAUAGCGAAUAAUAAAAUAAGCCGUCCGUUAUUUGAAAAUGCUUACCAUGAUAAUUCAUAUCUAGAAAGACGUUCUGGUAAUGAGUCAUCUGGAACAGAUACAGAAGAUGAACAUUGGAGGUUAAGAAUUGAACGAGGUGAAUUUUCUGAAAAAGUCAAACAGAAAUCAAAAAGUGUUGCAGAUUUAAUGAUACUAACUCAUAUUGAUGCUAGCGAAAGUAGCGAAAGCGAUACUCCACUAAAUUCGUUAUCAAGACAAAACAGUUUUAAGCACAAUCGGUUAGCUGUUCCACUUUUAAAUAGUCUUACAUUUACUAGUGAUAGUGACUUAAGAAACGCACAAGAUGAUCAUGAUUUUCAAGAUACUUUGAAAAAGUUCCAAACAGCCUUAAAAAAUAGAGACGAUGAUUCUCUUUCAUAUUUGUCUUUACAAAUUGAUAAUAGUAUGAAAGUAAAAAAGGAUUCUAAAUCAAUCAAUACCAAUCCUUUUUUAGAGAUUGAAGCCUCGGAAAAAACUAAAAAAAAUAACCCAUUUAUUUUACCAAAUACAGCUCAAUGUUCAACAGCUGCUAAUAACUCUUCUGUCCUUCUAGGUCCAUGCGAAAAUUUCACAAUAGAUUAUUAUAAAGGUGUUACUUCCUCUCUCACAGAAAAGCCAAUCAAUGAAAAAUUAGAUAAUUCAAUAUUUGAAAAUGUCAGUUUUACAUUUAAUCCAUAUGAGUCAAUGAAAUGGGACUCUAAUAUAUUUGAUUUUAGUAACCCAAUUUUAGAAGAAUCUGAUGAUACAAAAGUAGAAUGUAAAUCAAAACACCUAAUCUUAGAGGAAACAGCUAAAGAAUCCAACUAUAGCACACUAGAAUUAGACUCUGGCCAUACAUCAGACUAUACAAAUUGUGAAGAUAUUUCAACUAAAGAUACUUUGGAAACCAAAAGUUUGAGUACUCCAAAUUAUACAUUUAACGAGUCAAAUGAAGCUUAUAUGUACUAUAAUAAUAUAACUGUGCUAAAGAAUGGUUCUGAUGAUUCAGGUUGUGAAAUUGAACAGAUAACAAGUGAAGAUGGCAGCACAGAAUUUCUAAAUGACAAAUCUGAAGACGAAGACGAUAAUGAAAUUACUGUUAUCAAAGUACAUGAUUUAUAUGAAGAUAAAAUUCACAAUGAUCAGUCUAAAUUUGAAGGAAUAUCUGAUGAUGAUAGUAAACAAUGUGAAGGUAAAAGUCAAUAUGAAAUUGAUGAUAUCAUCGAAGGUCUUUCAGAAUCUUGGUAUUUACAUCCUCCAUCAUAUCAAGACACAUCUGGUUGGCUUCCAGAUACUUUAAAUCAUGAUGAUAAAGCUGAUGAUAAAGAAUUAUCAUUAGAUGAAGAAUAUGCUGAAGCUAUAAGACAAGAACUAAGAGGCAAAGUCAAUCAGAACGAUAAUGAUUCUAGAAAUUUAAACAUUUCAAUGGAAGAAAAUGAAAAUGUAGCAGAAAACACUGAUCAUGCAGAUAUGGUUAUACAUUACAAUGUUUUCCCUCCUCCUUUGUCGACAAUAUUUGAAGAAGAUGAAGAUGAAGAACCUGAAAUAAUUGAUACUUUUUCAGAAAAUCCCAGUCCUUCAUGUAUUUUGACAGAUACUUCUACCGACCAUCUAGUCAUUAGUAGAGAAAAGCUGGUUGAUUCUUCAUCAGAAUUAAAUGAUAAUGUUCAAGAUGAUGUUUUGAUAAUUGAUACUAUAACUAAUGAAGCAAUUAUAUUGGACACAGAUGUAUCAGAAAAACAAGAAAUUAAUGUUUUAAAUAAUACAUACACUAUUGAAGAAGUGAACUCUGAUACUGAUGAUAUAUUAGAAAACUUGGAAUCUGACAGUAUGGCAUCAUAUUCUCCUGAUUCAUUAUCGCCAGGAUCAACCAGUAAAACUGCUGCAGCUGUAUCUUAUUCAUCGUCUGAUACAGCAGGAAUUUCCGAUCAAUUUGUUUCUCCUACACUCAGUAAUAAUGAUUUACCUCUGGACAAACAAACCAAUGCACUUAAAAGCAUUGAAGAAUUACUGAGUUCUCCACAUCAUACUAACUCAAAUGAAAAUUUAGACAUGUUCAACAAUAUGCAAAACGUAAAUUGGCUAAAAAUGUUUUUGAACUCGGAAACUUUUUGUGAAAACGACCUUGCUCAUCAUUGUACAUCAUUACCGAAUUCAAUAAAUUUUGAUAAUUACAAUUGGCCGACGGUUAACGAAUUGACUGCCAUGAGCAGUUCAGAACCAAAUUUAACUAAAAUUGAUGUGAAUAAAACUUUAAAAACACAAGCUGUUUAUGAAGCUGAUUGUUGUAAGAGUUUAGAUUCUAAUUCAACGAUUACUGAAGAAAAAACACAUAGAGAGUUUAAAGUAUCACUAGUAAAAGAAACUCCAGAAAAACAAGAACCUCAUAAAGAAUUGCCAAUUCCAUCACCAGAUGACAAUGUUUUAAAUAAUUGGAAAACUGUGUUUGGUUCAUCCAGUGAAAAAGAUGAUAUAGGCGAUGAUAAUGAAUCUGCCAAAUCUGAAGAUGUUAGUGAUGAUGAAGUAGAAUUUGUUCCUUCCACUUGGAAUAGUAAUGCAAUACCCAGUAAAACUUCACUACGCAAUUCAAACUAUCAAUCAGGUGCCAAAAAAUCAGUAUCAUUUAAACAACAAAACUAUCAUUGUGUCUACGAGUAUCCACGUGAUGAUAGUGAAACGUUUGAUUUAGAUAUUGGGCCAAUUUGGGACCGAACACCUAAUUAUUUUGAUUUAUCAUCAUUCAGUGAUUGGGGAGCUGGUCCAUCAAAAACUGAUUUACUUAGUCCGUCUUUUAUUGAUGAUGAAGCAUGUAAUCCAGUUCAAACAUUUCCACAAGAAACAAACUUCAAUUUUCCCUCAGCUACUUUUGAUGAUGAUUUUUAUAUAAGUAGUUCAAAUCAACCAUUUGAAAUAAACCAAAGUCAAUUUUUCCCCGGUCAAAAGUCCGACAAUUCUACUGAUGAUACUUUUGAACCUAAUGCAGCUGAUUUAACUCCAUUAAAACCUAAGAACAUAAUUGAAAAAUCAAAUGAAGAUAUACCAGAACCAGUUUCAAUUGUAAAUGCUGUUACUCUGGAUGAAGAACUAGCUAAAGCAGAGAUGGAUAAUAUGGAUAUAAAAACAUUGGGUAAAAUACUAUCAUUCAAAAUGGAUGAUGUUGUGAAAGUCAAUGAUAUUAAAAGACCCAAAGAACCGCUUUCGCCUACUUUGGGAGAAUUAUGUCAUACCAAACAACAUUUGACUUUAAAUCUAUGCAAAUCUACGUCCAUACCACCUUCCAGCAUUAGCACUGAAAAGUUCAAUACCUAGAGAAUUAAGACCAUCAACCAAUGGUCAACCAUUGGUUAGCUUAAAAAAUAAAACCAGAUGAAACAAUUCUUGGUAUCCAAAUGUACUUAAUGUUAUGGACAAGUGCCAAACAUUAUUUAUUAUUUAUGCAAUAAUCUGUUAAAGAUGUUAGUUUUUAUAAGUUUUAAACGUGGAGUCGUUAAUUUGAUGUAUUAAUACUGAGUUGUGUAUCUCAUUGAGAUGAAUUUAGGGUAUGGGUAUACAAAAUGUGGGCUUUGUUGUGUCUACAAAAUUAGCUUGUUGAUCUGAUAUGUUCUGUUUGACGUUCCUUGAUAUCUAAAUUAAAAUUAUUGAUUGGUAAGAAGUAAUCACAAUAAAUGAUUCUAACCAAAUUAGUAAUUUGUUUUAGUACCUAACUAACAUUUGUUUGUUUUUUUUUUUUAUAGUUUUAAAUUUAUUAUAUUCCAAAUGUAAAUACUUCAUUACGUUUAUUUUAACAAUACAAAAAUAUGGAGAAGGAGUUUUUUUAUUCGCCGUCCAAAUAAUAUGAUAUUUAUAUUAUUAUUAUUAUUAUUUUUAUUAUUAACAACAAAAUGUUUUCUUCUUUAUCAUUAAUAUAAUAAAUUUUUCAAUUAUGGCGUAACAUAACAAGGGUAAAACAAAUACAUUACACAUUGUUAUUGUUCAAUUUUAUACGUGUAAUAUUCCUAGAUAUUUAAAAAGCUCACAUAAUAUAUAUGUAUUGAAAAAAAAAUAGUUAAACUAAUUCGAUCUGUAAAUAAACAUAAUAAUAGAUAUAAGUGAUUGCAACAUUUUUUUUUAAAUUAAAUUAAAUUUGUUUUACCCUCAGUAGUUAAUUACCCGUGUUCUUACGAAUUAUGAAAUAUGUCCUCAUUUGACGCCAACCAUGUCACACGCUACAUCCCUGUUUCUAGUGUUAGUUUUUUUUUUUUGAAUCUUGUAUAAGUGUUAUAUAAUUUAUUAAUAUAUAGCUUAAUACCCAGAAGCUAUACUCAAUUGAAAAUCCUUAACUGAGUGCUAUUUGUUGGACUAUCAGUAUUAAACCUUUAUUAUUAUUAUUAUUUUUUUUUUUGAUUUCUCCCUAUUGUUAUUUCUUAUUUAUAUUUAAACACAACCUAAUUAAUUAAGAAAAUAUAAUUUUAAAAAUA